AUGAGCAGGUCCAAACUUUCUAAAUGGUUGAGAUCCGGUGUUAUCAAGCAAAAUAUAAAGAGUACACUUAAAUCUACCAUCGAUUCAUUGCGUGACGUAUGUCCAUUAAAGGUCUCUUCUGAGAUUAUAUCCAAAUCACUUCACGAUAUUCUAUGUAACGACAAAGUUUUUCGUGAACAGUCAAAAAUACACACUAAAAUAUUUGAUUGGUUUAAGAAAAAAAAUGAGGAAAAAAAUUCCCCCAAACCAUCAAGGCCAUAUGCAGUAUUCAAGAAACGAGUUUAUUCAUCCGCUUUUUUUGGAUCAAAAGUGACCAAUAAUUACAAUACUGAACAAACCCGAGAAUCAUCACCCCCACCCGUCAAGCAGAUUUUUUCCUUCAGUGAUGAGGAGCAAGGUGCCAUUAUUGAACCUCUUCUUAAUUUGGUUGAAAAAGCACUUAACGAGUUCCUUAUCAAGAAUGAACAUAUGAUUUCUUCUGAGGUCGUCGAGGGCUUUGCCGCCAAACAGCGUCCACCCAUAAAUCCAGACUUUAGUAAUGCUGACACUCUAAAUAUGCUUAAUUUCAUGAUCGAAAAUAUAAAAAUUUUUGAUAAAUCGGUAUUCCACGGCCAACAUAAAUCAGCUCCCGUUAAUCUUUUCAAAAAUUUUAAGAACAAUGUUCGGCAUAAAAUGGCGCAUGGUAUCUUAAUAGAUCAAAAGGUCGAUGGAGCGAUCACGCACUCCAAAAUGUUGCUAUUCUUGCGUGGCAACUAUAAAGAAUUAUAUGCUAUAAAAGAAAGAUUGGACAAUGCAAUUAUUGAAAAAUGGACGGACAAACCAACUUUAGAAGUCGAAAAUAAGAACUAUGAGAAUCAGAUACAAUCACCAAAAAGAAAGCAUGAUGACUCGAAUUUUUGUGAAAUGGAAGAUGAAGAUUUAAUCCAGAUAUGGAGAGCUGUUAAAACAACGGAGUGCAGAAGGAAGCAAUCCCAUGAAUUUAUUGAUUUUGUGAACCUAGCAUUUAACUUAGACUUAAAGUGCAUUGGCACCGAAGUGGAGCAAUCGAAAUUCUACUCUGAUUCGCCUGAAGCAAAACAGGUUAUGUAUAUGGUAACUAUAGUCGGUAGCGCGAAUGACUAUAUAGUUUGUUCUAGGGAUAAAAGUUUCGCUGGUGUUGCCCGAGAAUACAAGAUAUACUCUUAA